CUCUUAGGGUCAAACCAGCAAACAAACCAUAAACCAAAUCUCAACCUAAGCCAGGCGAAAAUGUCGAAGAUCAGCGUCGUUGUACUUGUGGCCGUGUCCGUGGCGGUGCUCCUCGGAGCACAGGCUCGUCCCUCCGAUUCCCCGGAUGCCCAUGCCGAGAUCCGGAGCUUCGUGAACGAGCUGAAGCAGGAGGAUGGGAGCUACAACUACCAGUUCGAGACGUCCAACGGGAUUGCGCAGCAGGAGCAGGGAGUGGGUGGCUACUAUGCCAGCGGCUCAUCGCAGUACUACACCCCCGAGGGUCAGCUCAUCCAGCUGACCUACACGGCGGAUGAGAACGGAUUCCAGCCGCAGGGCGAGCACCUGCCCACACCCCACCCCAUUCCGGAGGCCAUCCUGAAGUCGCUGGAGUACAACCGCAACCACCCGGAGGAGGAAGAGGAGUACAGUCACGGCCAUGGACAUGGACAUGGACAUGGUCAGGAGCCGGAGCAGGGUAACCAGUACCUCCAGCCAGCUGCUGCCCCAGUGGUGUCCGUGGGCCAGGUCAUGCCCUACGACAGGAAGGUGUAGGUCACCACACCAGCCCUGGGAUCCAUAGCAAUAGCAAUAGCAAUAGCAUACGCAUCCGCAUCCAUCUUGUCCAGACUGCCUCGUGUUCGGAUGUGGAGGGGUCAUGUCUGUUUGCCUAGUGAAAGCAGCCAACAUCCCGACAUCUGAACAGCCAGUGCCCAUCAAACGGCAGAAAGAACAUCGGGGGGCGGUGGCACACCCACACCCACUCACACUGUAUAUAUAUAGAUAGACGCUCAUACAUUUACAUCAACAUGCUCCCGGGCUGGUCGGAGGUCCUUCGUCCUGUCCUCUGACCCGUCUCCUCUGCGUCCCCGUGAACGGCUCGACUGACGUUGACAUUUAUUGCCAGAGAUAAUAAUAAUGUAAUAAAAGAAAAAUACAAUUUAA